AUGACGCCUCAAAAUCUCAACGUUCUCAUUGCCACCUUUGGUGGCCUCGGGCUGCCGUCAACCCUUGUCUUGCCAGUCUCACCCACGACUACCGUCACGCAACUCCGCGAGGAACUCUACGAAAGACUUCCGUCCACCGACUCCAGGCUCGUCCUGACGACCAUCUCCAACAGGCAGCUGCCAGAGCAGUCAGAGGUGCCCGUGUCAUCAUAUCUCUCAACAAGCGACGAUGAGUUUCUCUCGCUACGGCUUGCCGUCCCGCUAUGCGGUGGCAAAGGUGGAUUCGGUUCCCAGCUACGUGCUGCUGGUGGUCGCAUGUCGUCACGAAAGAACCGAAAUCAAGAUGAUCACGGCUCAAGCCGUAACCUUGACGGACGACGACUACGUACGGUGAACGAAGCAAAAGCCUUAGCAGAAUACCUAGCCAUCAAACCAGACAUGGAGCAGAAGGAGAAAGCAAAACGUCGACAGCGCUGGGAACAGAUUGUUCAAGCGUCUGAGAAAAAGGAAGCCGAAAUACGAUCAGGCAGCAAAGGCCGAGUUGACGGCAAAUGGGUCGAGGCCAAAGAGGAAAGCAACGAAAAAACGCGUGAUGCCGUUUUGGCCGCAAUGAAGUCCGGCAACUACAGAGACAAUCUCAGCACCUCCAACGGCUCUACAUCUACCGAACAAAGCCACAGUUCAAAUGCGUCUGACGAAGAGAAGUCAAGUUCCAAAGAAUCCUCGCCCUCACGCGAACCAGACAAGGCCACAACGGGGAAGCCCAGGACGUUUUUCGGGUUUGACGAGGAUGACGAGUUUAUGAGCUCGGAAGACGAGGAUGCUGGUCCACAGGCGCAGGCAUGA